AUGACUUCAUUGAAGUUACAAUUGAAUAAACUUGCUGAUGCUCAUACGCAAUGGCAAUUGACUGAUAGUGAAAAUCGUAAACGUGCAUCGUUUCUCUAUGAUCCGAAAGUUGCUUCGACACUUGAUCGCGAAACAAUUUAUUGUCUUGGUACGAAUGGCUUCGAAGAACUAUGUUUACUUGACUCCGGUUUUGAAGAAUUCGAACGAGUACUAUUUAGUGAUACAAGUCUGACAUUCGAACGUAGUAUACAAACAAAAGAAGUCAAUGAAUCGUUGAACUUGACUAUUCGACGAUUUCUUAUUCGUCUUUCACCAUAUUUUCUACUCAGUCCAGCACAUAAAGCACUCGAAUGGUUAAUACAUCGAUUCUUCAUUCAUUUUUACAAUGUUGAUGAUCUCAUGCGAUGCAUAUUACCGUAUCAUGAGCACAAUUAUUUCGCACGGGCUAUUCAAAUGUUUCGUCUGAAUGAGAAAAAUAGUAAUUGGGCAUGGCUGAAAUCAGCUCAAGAUGCUGGUACAACGAUUCCCGGUCUUGUUAUGGCUAAUCGGUGUGCAACUGAUUUAGGGUUUCUGAAUUUCAUCUGUGAAUCAGCUGCUAUGGCGGUGAAAGAAUUCGGUUCGAAUCAUUCGUCAUUGCGUGUGAUAAUCAAUUUCUAUUUGAAAACUUUGUGUUCGACUAUUUUACAUUCAUUAUCGCACAAGAAGAAAAAGAAGAAGAAGAAUAAAACGAAUUUAAACGAAGAGAAUUUCAUCGCUCAUCUCAUGCCGUACUUAUUAAAAGGUUUAAAAUCGAAAUCUGUCGAUUAUAAACGAGCAACUUAUUUAAUCCUUUCACAUCUAUCGAAUAUAUUCACAUUUCAAACAAAUAUUCAAGACGAAAUAUUAAACAUUGUUUCCAAAGGUUUGUCUGAUGAUAUCGUCAAAGAAAAUCUUCUGAUCAUUUCGGUUUUUCUCAAUAACCAACAUCAUCUUUCUUUACCCGAUCGAUGUUUUCUUAAGUUGUGCAACAUGCCAAACAUCAUUGACGAAAUCUUUCAACUAUCCAGCGAAGUUCGCAUCGAUAAUUUCCUUUGCGGAUGGUUCGAGCAACUGCUCAAUCAUGUCAUCAAAGAUGCCAAUCAAAUGGAAACCGACCACGAACAACAAUUCUCGACAUUGAUUGAAAAAACAUUAAACACACUGAAAUUCAAUUCUCAAAUCCUGAAAUUCAUCAUCAAUUGCUUUAUCAAACACUUCACUGGUAAAAAUAAUACCUAUUUAGUGUCCUUAGCUUCGAUUAUCGAACGCAAAUAUCCCAUCGACUUCGACGACAACAUUCGUCAACAAACAGAGAAUUGUUCCGCGAGUGAAGAACGAAAACGUAUUAGAGAAUUCGCAUCGAUGACAGCGACUGGAUUCAAACACCAACCGUUGUCUGACCAUGCCUCACUCGCCAUUUGUCUCAACCACCCACAAGCUCAACUACGUAUCGAAGCAUUGCAACGUAUUCGCGAAGGAGUCAAGUCGAAGCAAAAUAUUGAAAAUGAAUUUCUCAUUGAUGUGUUAUUAUCUCGAUUGGCUGAUAAUGAAGCAAAAGUUGUUCAGGAAGCGAUCUGUCUUCUCGAAGAACUCAAUCUCACAAACAAUCAGCAAAUUAACGAUAUUUUACAGAAGAUUCUUCAGCGAGAAACCGACGAAUGGUCAGCAGUUCAACAAUCGAUCGUCCGUUUGUUAUCUAUUGAUUCAACAAGUGAAAAUAAAUAUCUUCAUUUACUAUUUCCAACAACACCGUCGGAAUUGAAUCUUCUAAAUAAUCUCUUGGAUAGUUACAAGCAACACAAACAUUCUCUCUCACCGUUACUUAAACUAACGAAGAAAGUAUUUAAAUCGGCAACAAUGGAAACGUUAUCAUCAACGAUUGAAACGUUUAUUCAAUCAUUGACGAAUACCAGUGAACGAAAGGAUGUUUUAUUACCAUUAUUACAGGAACAUGAUGAAGUCUUACGUCUUGUUGAACACAAUCGACCGAAUUGGAUCAAAUUUGCGAUCAUUUACACUCUACUUGGAGUCGAAACAAUAAAACAACAAGAUGUUAAUGAGUACAUUGAAUUAGCAACUGUUAUGAUUUUCAAAUUGUUGAAAAAAUUAGCGAAAGAAAUUACACUGCCAGAUGAUGAAAAAACAAACACGAUGGAUUACCAAACUCUUCUUGAGACUCAUGUAGUAAAAAAACAUCCGUUUAUUUCAUCAAGUUACUCAACACUCUGGAAAUUGUUCAUUCAAGCUUUGCCAAAAAAUGCCAGUCAAUCGGCAUUUUGGAAUGACUUUCUAUCUGAAUGUAUACAAUGGUUAUGUUCAGAAGAGAAAAUCUCUUUUCUCUCUCUUCUUUUCAAUGAACAAUUUUCAUCCGCUAAUCAACUAGUUGUUUUCCUUGCUGAGCAUUAUCUUAAUUUCACAGAGAAAUCUCGUGAACAAGAAAUUAUCUUAAAAUACCUUCUGAAACAAUGUCCAACAGCGGAAUACAACAAUCUUUCCGUUCUAAUCUUCGGUUUUCUUCUCCAUUCAUCUGUUCGAACGAUUCGUUCGACAGUCCUGAAGCUUUUUCAAAGCAAAAUCAAAUAUACGACGAAUGAUUUCGAUUUAUUCAUCCAAACAAUCAAACAUCAUGAAAACGAAAUCAUCACUGAUUCGGAAUACAUUUGCCAUCUAAUCUCACAGUUAGUCCAAUCGAUAAAACUAACCGAGAAGAAAAAACGCAAAUUAAAUUCCGAUCAAUCAUCACUCAUCCAGUUGCUCAAACAAACGAUUGAUAAGAACGAAGGAUUAAAUAAAAAGUUGCAACAACAAUUCCAUAUCUACCUACUGGAAUUGUUGAAACAAUGCAAACAUUGGUCGAUAUUCAAUGAAUAUCGCGAUGAUUUACAAAAUCUGCUUCAACAAUCGGAACAAUACUUGAUCGUUCCGGAGAAUAAAGUCUUUCUGGAAAGUAUUAUUCGUCAUAUUGAUUAUGAAACUCUCAUACAAGACCAAUCACUUUGUUUCGAAUUCAUUCUACAAAUCUUGGCUCGGUCAGUUAAGAAAUCGAAAGCCAUUGCAACCAUCGAUACGAUGAUCUUAACAUUGAAACAAUUCACACCGGAGAUGUUUGUAUCGUUGACAUCUGAAUUCGACAAACAGAUGCAAUUGAUAAAUGAAUGCUUCUCCUUAUGGCAACGCUCGAAAUCCGCACAAUUAACAAGUGUCAUCAAAUCCACACUUUCAAAGUUCACUUUCAAUGCGAAACAUUUCUUAACGUACUGGAAGUCGAUUCUCGAGCCCGAUGUUCAACAGAAUGCUUCCAAUACCCAACAAAACCGUUUAUCAAAUAAAAAGUUGAUUGUUUCCAAACCAACCGAAUCAUCAAAUACAAUCAGUGCAACGAUCAACUGGAAGAGUUUGUUACCUUCAUUAGAACUUCUACAUGAUGAUCAAUUAAUCAUUGAGCAACGGCAAGACUUGAUUCGUCCACUCUUUCUCAUUCUGGAAAAAUCGUUAAAUCAAACAACUGACUUCGAGCAAAAGACAUACAUUCAUCAAUUGUGUACUACAGCGCUACUCAACCUUUAUACGCAAUUAAAAGCAGAUGAAUGCAACCCGGACAUAUUCAAUAGUGAAAUUGUUAUGGAAUGCAUGAAACGUACUAAUGAUUUACAUACCACACAGCAAUGUCUCAUGCUUCUAUCCAAAGGCGCGCAACUAUUUCCAGAGAAAUUGAUCAGUAUGAUAAUGGCAAUGUUUGCUUUUGUUGGUGAUCGUCUUGUACGUAAGGAUGAUCUAUACAGUUAUCAAGUUAUGGAGAAAACAAUCAAAACGGUCAUACCAUCGUUGUAUAAGGAAAAAACUGUUGAACAACGUCGACCGAUUCUCGCGAAGAUUACACAUGUGUUCGUCACAUCAUUGGCACAUUUGCCUGCUCAUCGUCGUCAAGAUAUCUUCCGUAUGUUGAUGGAAUCGAUUGGUCAAGACGAAUGUCUUUGGUUUGCACCGAUUCAAUUGUUCGAUGGAAUUCUUCUCUCACCGAUCAAUCGCAAGAAUGAAGAAACAUUAAAGAAAUCUUUAAUCGAUGGUAGUGAACAAAUGUUGAAUGGUUUCAAUCAAUUUUCAUCGGCAACGAUUCUUAUCAGUCUCACACGUAUUCUCGCAACUGUGUUAAAUCUGCCCGAUCGAGUUCUAAAGAAUCAAUCAACACCACCAACAUAUUCUCAUUUAAUUGAUUUACGUUUAUACACAACCAAACAUAUUCAUGUUCUUAAAUAUCAAUUGUUAACAUUCGUUAACAACAUUCUCUCCGCAGAUUUCUUCAUGAAAAUGAUCAAGAAAGGUUUACAUCAAGAAAACGAAAUGAAUUAUUUGAAUGAAUUGAUCCAGACCAUUCUUCAUUGUUUAUUGUGGGCAAAUAAACUCUCCGAAGAUGAUAUUGACAUCAGUCGGUACAAUAAAUCGAUCUUGAACAAGAUCUUCGACUGCUUAAACAAAAGUAUCGCGUUAUUACACGGCUCGAUGUUUGUUAAUAUCAUUUCAAACUUGCUUCAACAACAACAAACAAACGAUAAAUUACAAAGAAAAACAUUGGAUAUUCUGAAUACACGAUUGAAAGAUGAGUUUACUCCGGAGAGUGAAAUUGUCUUAUUUUUACCAUACAUUGAUAAUAUAUUGACGAUCCAAAACGGUUAG